UUGGGGAUUUGAACAGGCUCCGGAACGGAACCGGAACAACUCAACUUUGACCUCUGACGUAGCUGAAGUUUAGAAGUCGCACUAUUUUGGCAGAAUAGCUUUGUUACUGAAAAUAAUGACAAAACAGCAACUCGGAUAGACUGCUGGCUUUCAACGGACAUUUUAUUACGGGCUGGAGAUGAUGGAGCUGAGCUCAGCGCUCGUUAAAGAAGGCUGGUAUCUCACAGACAAAGGAAUAGACGAGUGCAACAGCUCUUCAGAGAAAGAGAAGGCGGUAAUCAGUGACAUCCUCAAUGUAGCACUGAACACUGAUCUGAGAUCUAUUGGAAAAGGUUUCCUACCUGCUGAUAUCAACAGUGGCCGAGUGGAGGAGGUGAAGGGCCCGUGUGUCCUUCAGGUGCUAAAGGUACGCAAUGUCGCCGCCCCAAAAGAACACGAGGAGUCUCAGACUGCUCCCAGAAUGCUCCGCCUCCAAAUGACUGACGGACAGACCACAUGCGCAGGGCUGGAGUUUAAACAUCUAUCAAAAAUUAGUCUGAACACUCCACCUGGGACCAAAGUGAAACUCCUGGGCACAGUGCCGGUGAAAAACGGCUUUCUGCUGUUAGACGAUUGCAGGAUCGCAGACCUCGGGGGAGAGGUGGAUCACCUGAUUGAGAAAUGGGAGCUGCAGCGUAGUCUGGCAAAGCACAGCAGAUCUAAUAUAGGUGCAGAGGGUGGCCCGCCUCCGUUUGUACCCUUCGGACAGAAAUGUGUCCGUAAGGACGAGGUGGACAGUAGGACCCUGGAUCAGAAGAAAACCCUACAAAGCAGCAACGCAUCCAAAGCUGCGAACGAAAACGACGAGUUUGAGAAGCAAAGGAUCGCCGCUAUUGCUGAAGUCGCCAAAAGCAAAGAGACACGGACGUUCGGCGGCGGAGGCAACGCGGGGACCAACCUCGCAAAUCCCGCUUCCACUUUCAAGAACCGAGACACGUACCAGAGAAAACGAGAGGAGCAAGAUAAGAGCGGAACUGAUCCCAAGCCAGAAGGAGUGUAUCGAGAGCUGGUAGACGAGCGGGCUCUAAGGGAUAUCAUGGAGAUGGGCUUCAGUAAAGAGGCAGUUAGACAGGCACUGCUGGACAACAGCAAUAACAUGGAAACGGCACUUAACUGCCUGCUUACAGGAGCUAACCAGGCCAAAGCGGUCCCUGCGGAGUCGAGUCGCCCGCCGCCUCGAGGCAAGGGCAGAGGGCGAGGAAGAUCCAGGCAGGAUGCUGAUGAAGAUGGAGGGGCGAGACCCUCAGGGCCUAGCACACUCUUCGACUUCCUGGAGUCUAAAAUGGGAGCAUUCUCUAUUGAUGAGACGAAGAAACAGCCGCCUCAGAGAGCGCAGGAGCAGCCAAGCAGGACCAGCAUCCAAAAUGCUGAUCCCUUCAUCCGAGAAGCCUCUCAGAACAAGCAGACCGGCCGAAACGAGGGGCGGGCGCAGAGGACCGAGCGUCCCCCUCGCUUUCAGAGGGACAGCGAGUUCCCUAAAGCCAGCACUGCGGAAUCGUCUCAGAUAAUCCCCACACAGCCUCAGAGAUGGAACGACGGCGAGAAAAGAGGGAGAGGCGGCGCAGAGCAGCGGAGAGACGAAAGGCGAGACAUCAGAGGCGGACACAGUAACUUUACCUCCACAGGAAACCAGAGGUCAAAAGGUCAGCAAGGUCAGUCUGCGAACUUUUAUCAGGGCUCUAAACGAGACCGGGGUCUGAGAGAGUCGGACCAUGCGGGCGGAUCCGAUCAACCUAAAAAGAACCAAGCAAACGGCCCACUAGGACCCAAACCGUUAGAAUCAGCUGUGAUGGAAAUACCUGAACCACACAGCAAGAGGAAAGGCAGGCCAGACAGACCUAACUCCGCCCACUUUGAUCGGGACACAACGGGCAACUGGCCCUCUGUCAUUACGCACGAUGUCGGCCAGGCACAUUUUGUUAAAGGAGGCGGGAAUCCGAACACACUUUUACUAAACGGCGAUUCCGAGCCCAGACGCACGGGUCCCAUCAAACCACAGACUUCCUGCCCACCUCAAAAGAACAACAGCUUCUACAAUUCCGCCCCCAAGAAGAGGUCAGGGCCGAUAAAAGCUCACCGAGGGUCAGAGGUGUGUUAUCAAGCGGAGAGUGGUAACCAAGGAAACUGGAAAUCUGGUGACCAGUGCCUUGCACUUUACUGGGAGGACAACAAGUUCUACAGAGCGGUGAUUGACGCGGUGCAUCCCUCAGGCUCCACAGCCGUGGUCGUGUUCAGUGACUACGGCAACUGUGAGGAGGUCCUGCUUCAAAAUAUCAAACCUGUACAUAUGGACACAUGGGACGAGGACGACCUUUACUAUGAGACUUCUCUGGAAUUCAGACGAGGGGGAGACGGCCAGCCCAGACGCACUCGACCUACACAGCAGUAUUACCAGCCUCCCAGAGCAAGGGACUGAUGAUUGGCCCCGUUGGGAAGGUAGACGGGUGAUCGACGCCCUGAUCCCGUUCGAAUCUACGGCUUGAAAUAAAUCGACCGGAAAACAUUCUGACGGAAGACGAACUCCGUCCUCUCUCUCUGUCUCUAUCUCUGUGAAGUGUAGAAGAAGAGAGCUGAAAGGGCUUGCUGCGCUGGCUGCAUCCACACACACACACACACACACACACACACACACACACACACACACACACACACACAGACAUGUGUUAUUGUCAUAAUGCAAAAGGCUGCUGUACAUGUUGACGGUUUUUAUCGUACGUGGUCCUAAUAAUAAUAAUUAUUAAAAAAGUAAUGCAACCAUA